AUGUCUCGAAAAGAAAAUAAUAAGACGAAGUCCUGUCAAGAGCAGCAAAAGAAUUUGAAAUUAGUACUAGUUGGAGAUACAAGAUCAGGAAAGACUUCCUUAGCUAAAAGGCACACCAGCAGCACAUUUACAAAUUGCUAUGUGCCUACAAGUUUCGAGAAAUACUCAUCUUCAACUGAAUUAUGCGGCAUUAACAUGAAUUUUGAAAUCUGGGAUACCUCAGGUUCCUCUGCUUAUGACACUGUUCGGCCCUUAGCUUAUCAGGAUGCUAACGCGUUUUUAUUUUGUUUUUCUGUUAUGGAACCGCAUAUGCUAGAAAAUAUUGUUAAUAAGUGGUAUCCUGAGGUGCAAGUAUACGCCCCCGGAGCUCCUAUAAUUUUAUGUGGCUGUCAGGCGGAUAUUAAAAACGGAGAUGUGCUAGUUUCUCCUGAAGAAGCUAUGGUGAUAGGACGCAAAAUCGGGGCAGUAACUUACAUUGAGACUUCGGCCAAAUUAGCAGAUCGAAGUGUAUCUGACGCUUUCGAGGUAGCAGCUUUAGCAGCUACUGGUCGCUUGAGCAAGAAACAAACUCAGAAAAUCAGCAAUCAGAUCACCCGCAGCAAAACAAAAAAUAGUUACAAAACUGAGUUGAAAAUAAAACCAGAAAAACUGCACCAUAAUGUGACAUAG